AUGAAGCUCGCCUUCCUCUUGGUCUUCAUGGCCUUGCUUGCCAUCUCGGCAUGUGCAAUCGACGGAGAAUUCAAACCAUUCAUGGAGAAGAGACACUGGCGCCCAGUAAACCUCCACUAUGCCCAACCAUGGGAAUCGGAGUUGGAAUCGGAUGAGACCAGUGACGCAAAGUUGGAUGAACUUUGCAGAAACUACAUUGAGUCCAUCCCCCGCCGAAAUGGACGCUCCGGUCAGGAUGAUUCCAUCAAUACCAACGACGAGGAGGAUGAGAGCCGUGAGCUCGAAGGAGCAUCGGGCAACUUCAAACUGGCUAAGCGUCUCUACAUCAACCGUGAUGGAUUCCGCCCAGCCAAGCGUUCCAUGGCCAUCGGCAGAGCUGGAAUGCGUCCAGGAAAGCGCGGAUUUGUUUUAGCCGGACUCCGCGGAAAGAAAUCGCUCGUCCCAUUCGAGGAGAUCUACUCGACCGAUGACGAUCGUGUCUACUCUGACAAUCAAUAA